AUGAGUGACUCUUCAACAGCCCUCAAGUUAGGCACUGCUCUGCUCGUAUUUUGCCUCAUUACAGAAAUAGCGGCUCUCUAUAGACAAAAACGUGGUUUUAGACAGGAUGCGGCGACGAGGGUUGCUCACGGAUUUGGUAAACGAGCAAGCUUACUCCCGAAUGAUCAGUUAGAAACCCUUUCCAAUUUUCUCGAGGACACCAGUGAUGUGGGAUCAGAAGUAUCUGUGAGCAAAUUGGAACGUCUCCUGACAAGACACCCAAGCUUGCGGAGGUUUCUAUUGAAGAACUAUUUGACCCCAGACGGCGAUGAAGAGGUUGCCUCCUCAGAAGAACUCUCCAGUCGAGUGGUGAUGAAAUAG